AGGCUCGGCUCGCAGGCUUGCCCCUCCUGCACUGUGCAGUGCGGUGCGUCCCGGUCUUGUUUUCCACUCCUGCAUGAUGAGGCGGUGCGUGAGGCGCCAACGCAUCCCACCGGGCUGAGGAGGAGGAUGAGGAGGUGGAGGAGGAGGAGGAGGCUAACGAAGCAGAGCAGACAGCUCCUGUCCGCGAAACGCACGCAGCUCCGUCAGUGAAAGAAAGAAAAAAAAAACCCACACAGGAGAAAGCAUGAAGAGCAGCGAGGCACUGAGGGGUACAUUUUCAUCUGCAGAGGACUGAGUGAAGCCGCAGGAUGGCGGGGGGGCGGAGGGGACUUGUGGCCCCCCAGAAUACUUUUUUGGAGAAUAUUGUCAGACGGUCGAACGACACCAACUUUGUCCUGGGCAACGCUCAGAUAGUGGACUGGCCCAUCGUCUACAGCAACGAUGGCUUCUGCAAGUUGUCAGGGUACCACAGGGCGGAGGUGAUGCAGAAAAGCAGCACCUGCAGCUUUAUGUACGGGGAGCUCACCGACAAGGACACGACGGAAAAAGUCCGACUAACGUUUGAGAAUUAUGAGAUGAACUCAUUUGAAAUCCUGAUGUACAAGAAGAACAGGACGCCGGUUUGGUUUUUUGUGAAGAUUGCUCCCAUUCGAAACGAGCAAGAGAAAGUGGUUCUGUUCCUCUGUACGUUCAGCGACAUCACGGCCUUCAAGCAGCCCAUUGAGGACGAUUCCUCCAAAGGUUGGGGGAAGUUUGCCCGAUUGACUCGAGCGCUAACAAGCAGCAGGGGAGUCUUACAGCAGCUACAACCUACAGUUCAUAAAGGAGAGAAUGUCCAUAAGCAUUCCCGUCUCGCUGAGGUGCUGCAGCUUGGCUCUGACAUCCUACCUCAGUACAAACAGGAGACCCCCAAGACCCCUCCUCACAUCAUCCUGCACUACUGCCUCUUUAAGACCACAUGGGACUGGGUCAUCCUCAUCCUCACCUUUUACACGGCCAUCAUGGUGCCCUACAACGUCUCCUUCAAGACGAAGCAGAACAACGUGGCCUGGCUGGUGGUGGACAGCAUCGUGGACGUCAUCUUCCUGGUGGACAUCGUCUUGAACUUUCACACCACCUUCGUGGGGCCCGCUGGCGAGGUCAUCUCGGACCCCAAGCUGAUCCGCAUGAACUACCUGAAGACCUGGUUCGUGAUCGACCUGCUCUCCUGCCUGCCCUAUGAUGUCAUCAAUGCCUUCGAGAACGUGGACGAGGGGAUCAGCAGUCUGUUCAGCUCUCUUAAGGUAGUUCGGCUCCUCCGUUUGGGUCGAGUCGCCCGCAAACUGGACCACUACAUCGAAUACGGGGCGGCCGUCCUGGUGCUGCUGGUCUGUGUUUUUGGACUGGCAGCACACUGGCUGGCCUGCAUCUGGUAUAGCAUUGGAGACUACGAGGUGAUUGAUGAAGAAACCAACGUUGUCCGCAUGGACAGCUGGCUCUACAUCCUGGCUGAGACGAUGGGCAGGCCCUACCGCUUCAACACCACCGGUUCGGGAAAGUGGGAGGGCGGGCCCAACAAAGACUCGGUCUACAUCACCUCCCUGUACUUCACCAUGACCAGCCUGACCAGCAUCGGCUUCGGCAACAUCGCUCCGACGACGGACGGGGAGAAAAUCUUCGCUGUGGCCAUGAUGAUGAUUGGAUCCCUUCUUUACGCCACCAUCUUUGGUAACGUGACAACCAUCUUCCAGCAGAUGUAUGCCAACACUAAUCGCUACCAUGAGAUGCUCAACAGUGUCCGGGACUUCCUUAAACUCUAUCAGGUCCCCAAAGGCUUGAGUGAAAGAGUUAUGGACUAUAUCGCCUCUACCUGGUCCAUGUCACGGGGCAUAGACACUGAAAAGGUGUUGCAGAUUUGUCCAAAGGACAUGAGAGCAGAUAUUUGUGUUCACCUGAACCGCAAAGUUUUCAAAGAGCAUCCGGCUUUCCGACUGGCCAGCGACGGGUGUCUCAGGGCUCUGGCUAUGGAGUUUCAGACGAUCCACUGCGCUCCCGGUGACUUGAUCUACCACGCCGGCGAAAGUGUGGACAGCCUCUGUUUUGUGGUGUCUGGCUCCUUGGAAGUCAUUCAGGAUGACGAGGUGGUGGCUAUUUUAGGUAAAGGAGAUGUGUUUGGGGACGUUUUCUGGAAGGAGGUGACUCUGGCUCAGGCCUGCGCCAACGUCAGAGCGCUGACCUACUGCGACCUCCACGUCAUUAAGCGCGACGCCCUGCAGAAGGUUCUGGAGUUCUACACGGCGUUCGCCAACCACUUCUCCAGGAACCUGCUGCUCACUUACAACCUGAGAAAGAGGAUUGUCUUCCGGAAGAUCAGCGAUGUGAAACGGGAGGAGGAGGAGCGGCAGCGUCGUAAAAACGAAGCGCCUCUGAACCUGCCGCCGGAUCACCCGGUACGAAAACUCUUCCAGCGCUUCCGGCAGCAGAAGGAAGCCCGCAUGGCAACCCAGAAACAGGAACUCAACGAACAGGACGUCGAGAAGGGUCCGGUCUACGUGGACGUGUCGAUGGUGAAAGCUCCUGUUACGACUACCAGCAUCGUCACGGUGACAGAAAGCCCAGCAACACCGUCCUCUUCGGCCCCUUCACCUUCAACGCCAACCAGCUGCCCCCCCACAGACAAGGCGAAGCUGCAGGUGCCUUCAGCAGUCGCUCUGGCGGCGUGCCGACCCGCAGAGCCGGUCAAAGUCAAAGGCUGGGGCCGCUUCAAGGAGUCCAUGGCCAAAGCCGACAACUGGAACAAGGUGGCUAAAGCCGAGUCCAUGGAGACUUUGCCCGAGCGGACCACCGAGCACGAGCCGCACACCACCCUCAAGAAGACGGACUCGUGCGACAGCGGGAUCACCAAAAGUGACCUACGCCUGGACAAAGUGGGCGAGUUCCGCAUGACUCCUCAGGACCGCAGUCCCGCCCAGCCUCCAGAAACCAGGCAUGCCUUCUACCCCAUCCCAGAGCAGACCCUCCAGGCCUCGCUUCAGGAGCUCAAGAUGGAGCUGAAGGAGGACAUCAAGAAGCUGAGCGUGCGAAUGUCCGGCCUGGAGACGCAGCUCGCCGAAGUGCUCCAGCUCCUCAGAGCCAGGAAAUCCAGUACCGGCUCGGAGCAGCCGCUUUUCGACAUUUCGAGGCCCACCUCGCCGGAACUGGACAAGGAGGACAUUUUUUCAUGAGGAACAGGAGCGCUCGUCAGGUAACGGCAGUCGGUGAGCUCAGCCGGGAUCCAGUGAUGUUGAUAUUGCUCGGAUAGCUGAGGCGGCGCACGGCGCACCAUCUGCAUGAGGCGGUCCGAGAGACCCACCGACCUCAACACGAGGUGUUCCUCAUGGUUAACGCGGGGCCGUCAACGAUUACGGUAUUCGUAGCACUCAACGCUUGAAGGUUAUGUAACAAAUGACAGAAAAAUGUUUGUACAUAAUUUAUUUUUCCACUGUGCCAUGUUGGGUGGGGGGGAAUACCGCGCUUAGUUCGAUUUUAUCUCAGAACUUGCUGCAGAGUCUUAACUGUUGGGAAGCCCCAAUGGAGGCAGCAUGACCCGCUGGUUUGUUAUUGAAUCAUUCGUAUGAAACUCUUUGCAUGUCAUAUAAAAUAGAUGUGUACCCACGGGGGCCAUAUUUGAUUAAUUGAGGCUGCACAGCGAGUCAUUUGCAUUAUUUCAGUCAGAAAGAGCCGACUCCGUCCAGAUGUUGGAACAAUCUCGCAGUAAUUUGCUCAGACACAUCUCUUAUUAAAAUCUGCCGGGAUCAUUAUGAAUUAUACAACAGAUAACUCUGGCCGGGGCAAUCCGAUUUCCAAAAAAAAAAAAAAAAAAAAAAGAA